AUGGCGGAAAUGUACAUCGAGGCUGGGCGAAUUUUGACUGCCAUGGAGACACGGCGAUGUGGUCUCCGGGCGGCUCUCUAUGAAAAUGGGAGAGGAGAGAAACACAAUCCCCUCAUUCCAAAAGUCUGCGCUCUCGUCUGUCGCACCUUGGAGCGCAAACAAGAACUCGAACGCCUUCUUCUCUCGGCAGGCCUCUUGACUUCUUCUUCCGGCGGUGGCCCGUCUGAGGUUGCGCCUGCCUCGUCCAGGGACGGCGGGGGCGGCGCGCUGGCGGCGCAGCGCGAAGACGAGGACGCGGACAGUGAAUCGCCCGACCCCAACUUUCUCGACGCGCAUCGCGGCGUCAUCCUUGCCAUGGCCUUCGAUUUCCUCUUUGGGCGCGGGAAAGUCCUCGGCGGGGGACAGUGUCGCCGCCUAGUCGUCUCGCGCCUCCAGGCGGCGAAACAGAAUGGAGCGGAGAUGAGAAAAGACGCCGAUCCGCGGGAAACGCCCGCAUCUGAAAGAAUCCAGCGACUGAGAGAGACCGCAGAGGCCCGCGCACCCCCUCAGAAAAGAAAGACGCGCCCAGACACAGCGGCCGAGACGAUCCACAAACGCACCAAGAGCCGAGCAAGACAAGACAAAGAAGAGGAAGAGAAAGGGGAAGAAGAGGAAGGGGAAGAAGAGGAAGGGGAGGAAGGAGAGGCAGGACGAGACAGGGGACGUCCCGAGUCGACGUCGUUGAUGACAUCAGACGAGCGCUUCCCGAGGUAUCUGCGCGUCGCUCUGAGCCGCGUUUCACUGGAGGAAGCUCAGGAGAGUCUCGCUAGUUCUCUCGCGUCACUCUCGCCUCGCACGCCCGCGGAGGUCGCGCUGGAUCCGCUAUUACCCCGCUGUGGACUGCGAGCGUCGCCGGCCGCCGCGCGGUUUCUCCUCCGCCAUCCGCUGGUGCUCACAGGCUGCGUCGCCCUCCAAGACCGCGCGAGCGCGCUCGCCGCAGUCGCCGCGGAGAUCGGCCCAGGGGACGUCGUCCUGGAUGCAUGCGCGGCCCCGGGAAGCAAGACGCUCCACGCCUUGGACCGCCUGCAGGGUCGAGGCCAUCUGAUAGCGCUGGAGCGAGAUGUGAAGCGGGCUGCGACUCUUAUUCGGCGUCUCCGUCUGCACGGAAAUCUCGACGGCCCUUUUUCGGAUCCCAGUUGCUCCCCGACCUCGCGGAUCCCGUCCGCAGGUUCCGGUUCGUCCCGCGCCACGGACGCGUGGCGUGGGACUGUUUCUGACGAAAAGAAAGAGACGCGGAAGUCCAGGCCAGACGACGGGCUGCCGUCGCAGAGCGACUGCGCCACCUACGCUCGGUAUGCCGCGCGCCGACCUCUUUAUUUCACAAAUGCAGUCAACACCCAUUCUUCGUCUCCUUCGUCUUCGUCUCCUUCGUCUUCGUCCCUUGCUUCUUCUUCUCCUUCUUCUGAGUCUUCGGCGUCGGUCUUGCGAGAUUCCAAGGCGCGUUCUGCACUCUUGGUGGAGGUUCGCGUGACGGACUUUCUGAGCGUUUCUGGCUCCAAGCCGCCGUUCUGUUUCGUCGAGAAAAUGCUUCUCGAUCCCUCGUGCUCGGGAAGCGGCUUGCCCCUUCAUAUCUCCUCUGCAGCCCAUUCCACCUCAUCUCUAGGAGAAACAUCUGAAGAUCUGUCUCCUGCCUCUUCGUCAUCUUCCUCGUCCUCUUCUCUUGCUUCUUUCUCUCCGUCGUGUGAGGGGUUUUGUCCCCUUCCUCCGCUGGCGCGGCUGUCUCCGCUGUCUCCGCCGUCUGCGAGCCUCGCGCGAGUGCGGCAACUCGCUCGUUUUCAGCGGACCUUGCUCUCGCAUGCGCUCUCGACCUUUCCGAAACUGUUGCUUUGCUGCUACUCGACUUGCUCAUCGUAUGUGGAGGAGAACGAGGCGGUCCUCGCGCACGUCUUGGGGCAGUCAGGCGACGCAGCAGCGGAAGAGGCAGGGAAGGGAUGUGGACGUUGGCGAUUGAGACGAGGCCGCGAGAUCGACUCUCGAUGGCAUCCGUCGUGCAACUUGCUGAAGCUGAUGGCGACGAAGCUCGAGGAGGAGCAGACGGCACGAGAAGAGAGAGUCGCGGGGGGAAACAACGUGAGAUUGUCGGAAACUUCGGGGAAAGUAGGGCGUGCAACGCAGGAGCCGCGGAAAAUGCCGUCGCGCGACGAAGCAAAUCGCGAAACCGAGACGGUGACCUGGAAACGCGCCCUCGCCACGUUCGGCCCUGCAUGCAUUCGCUCGAGCCCCGCCACGCAUUUUUGUCGGGGGUUUUUCCUCGCCCGCCUCGAACGCGAAACGGCAGACGCAGACAGGCGCGUCCCCGCGAGCGAACAAGACGUAAACGGAUCUCCAGGCACACGGUUCUCAGAUAACGCCACCGUAGCGGGCCUUGGUUCAAACGGCGACAACAGAGACAGGGCGAGUCGGCGAGAGACACAGUCGUCUGUGCAAAGACACUUGCGGAAAAAGUCCGCUCGCUCGCACGUCGCCUUCCAGAAACGAAGACUGAAGAAGGGGGUGAUUGUUGGUAUGCAGCCGUGA